GUACGAGUUCUCCAUGGAAUAACAAGCCUGUUUCCUGGCAUGUGCGCGGUGUGCCCCCCGGGAGGGCGGGGCCUGGUGACAUGUGAUGAGAGGCGUGGCCGCUGUAUUUAUCGCAACGCCGCGCUUCCUUCCCCCCCGGUGACGGGAGGCUGUGGGAUCGGGCAGAUCCUGGAGAGACGGUCCGCGGGAAGAUAGGAGGCUCGGUGUGAGCUGGGAAACACCCUGGGCGUCCCCGACCAUUCCGAUCUGGUGAGUAAAAAAUGGUGGAUCGUCUGGCAAACAGCGAAGCCAAUUCAAAACGUAUCAAUGUAGUGGAAAGCUGCUUUGGAACAGCUGGACAACCGCUGGCUAUCGAAGGUCGAGUUCUCAUUGGAGAAGGUGUGUUAACAAAACUCUGCAGGAAGAAACCAAAAGCCCGGCAGUUCUUCCUGUUCAAUGACAUUUUGGUGUAUGGCAAUAUUGUCAUUCAAAAGAAGAAGUACAACAAACAGCACAUCAUCCCUCUCGAAAAUGUUACAAUAGACUCCAUACCAGACGAGGGGGACUUGCGCAAUGGGUGGCUCAUCAAAACCCCUACCAAGUCGUUUGCAGUGUAUGCCGCCACAGCAACCGAGAAAUCCGAAUGGAUGAAUCACCUCAACAAGUGUGUUUACGAUCUUAUUUCUAAAAGUGGCAAGACCCCAAAUAGCGAACACGCGGCGGUGUGGAUUCCAGAUUCUGAGGCUCAUACUUGCAUGCGCUGUAAGAAAGUGAAGUUUACCCCCGUUAACCGGAGACAUCACUGCCGGAAAUGUGGUUUUGUCAUUUGCGGACCUUGCUCUGAGAAAAGGUUCCUUUUGCCGAACCAAUCUUCAAAGGCUGUACGGGUUUGCGAUUACUGCUUUGAGCGAUUGUGUAGUGGAGAUUUGUCUUCCAAUCCGUCAACCAGAUCAGACUCCCUAUCCAGUUCCCCCAAAACAACCGAUCACCUGUCUGAUGAUGACGACGACGAUGAUGACAGCAGUGACUAAACCUUUUAAGAAGCACACAUUGGAAGGCUUGAUUUUUGGAGGGCCGAUUGGUGGAGCUAAGAUAAAUUUGUGCUGCUUUUUUUAACUGGGACCGUUUAAAGUGAACACUCAUUGGCUGAGCAACCCCUGCGUUAUUGAUUACCCUUUGCCUGAGAAUAUUUAACGAUAUGUGCCUUGAUAUAACAAUCGUGUUUUUGGUUCUUUCAGGGAUUGCUUUAUAAACCUGUAAAGCUUUUAAUUUUCUCUUCUGAAGCUCCUGCAGGUAGAUUUGAUGAUCACAAUCUAAGAAAUCUGAGAAUUCUUCUACUUGUCGUGGUUUUAUAAAUAUCAGAACAGUGACUGAAUCCAGUCAGUGAUUUCAGGUGCCUUAUUAGUGCUAAGAAGGGACUUCCCUCUGUUGGUGCAUAGUCAGACACUAUAGAAAUAAAAUCUUCAUUUAUA